CAGUCCAGUCCCUUACUCCUCAAAUGACACCUCCCCUGUGCUAAUUUCUCUCGUGAGAGUCUCUAGCUUCAUCAUGGGAAUUGCUUUGAUUCAAAAAAAGAAUUGAAAAGUGCAGGAGGGGCUGCUUUGGGGGUGUGUGGCUUUCUUGCGGUGUGGAUUUUCUGUUUCAAUUUACCUUCCUUCCUCUUGAUGCGUCACUUGUAGGAAGUUUGCUUUCUUUUCUGUCCUCGUUGUAACUGAGCUGUUUUUCCCAUCAGUCAAAUGAAGCUGGACACAACCAAAUUCUUAGAAAAGCCCAUCUUUGCUAUCAUGUGCUGAAACCUCCAAUUGAGAGGUUUAGAAUGAGGCCAAAUGACUGAUGAUGCAAUAUGCAGGUGUCAAAUACAUCUCUGACUACCAAGUUUUUACUUAUCCUUCGUUACUGGUUUAAAAACAUUUGAUGUACCUAUCCCCAUCCUCUUUAGGAUGGGUGAUUCUUGGCCUCAAACUGAAACCCCUUCUUGAUGUUCUUUUGCUGCUGUGAUCUGUUUUGUACCUUAGGUGUUGGUAGUUGUGAGUAGGCUGCAUGUUUCAGUUCCAAGCAGAUGUUCAGAUUUCCAUGUCAACAAUUUUAGAUGUGCAACUAAAUUCCGUUCAAACGGUCCUUUAUUCCCUACUAUCUCUUGAUGUUAAAGCUGGGCAGGGCUUAGUAAUCUAAGGAGCUGCUGUGUUCUGCAGGGAAAAAAAGAUAAUAAUACCAGCAAUAAAGUUUUAUUGUAGUGAACAUAUAGGGAACAUGCCAUGGGAAUAAUGCAUGUCCAAGAUAGAUCAGAGGUCUGUUUCAGCUAUGUGAUUUGAAGUCAUAUGGCUUGCAGCUCACACGGGAGAUGUGGCAGGUGCCGUAAGGGGCAGCUAAUGUAGGGUCAGGAAUGUUCCUCUCUCAGUCUCUCAUGUUUCAAGACUGUCUUGGGAGGACCUCACAGCAUUCACAGUUCUGAAAAUGUUCUCCAAAAUCAGUAUUAAAAAAACCCACAUCGUGAUGUGAGCUGCGUAGAUUCGCUUUCCUGAAGGCUCCUUUAUUGUUCCUAAGAAAUGCUGCCUCUGGGCUCUGAGUGUACAGGAACUUGUGUGAAUUCAUCUGGUGUGAUAGGGAGAGAAAGCACUGCCCACAGUGCAGGCUUCUCCAGUUUUUUAUGUAUCUAGUUCACAGGAGCCUGGACAUACGGUGAAAGACGUCAGCCUAACAGCUCUGUUGUGCUGCUUAGUGGAAAUUGAUGUUAGCAGUAAUGAUUCCUGUCAAUAAAAUAUUUCUGUCAUAGGAUCGCUGCUGGUGCAUGUCAGUUGAGGAGCAACUUUCCAUAUUCUCAUAACUGUUACCUAAACACUUCAACUGUGUCUUGGUCUAAACUUUCCAGCCAACCACUUCAUGCUUCAACCACUGGAAAAGCCCCAUAUAGAGGAACCUCCUGGGCUGCUUACGCUAUUGCAGCUGUGUGUUUGCUUCUGGCAGUAGGAUGGAACCGAACCACAGCUUCCUCUUGCAGUGCUUGCUGCUUUUAAUUAUUUGUAACCACUUUUUUAUUUUCUUUUUUAAAAAAGCUCCUAAAAUCACAUUCUUGUUUGCUUAAAUGCUAUCCUUUCAUGUGGGCUCUUGAGUAAUUUUUAACUUCCUAUUUCACUUUUAAUAAUAUCACACUGACUAACCUGAUUCUUCAAUGAAAUAAAGUUUCUCCUAAGUUGGUUCUACUCUGCAGAGCAUGACCUUAGUCAUGAAGGUGGUUUAUAAAGCUUGACAAAUUCCUGAGAUGGUGUGGAUACUUCAGAGGAGGGCCAGGUCCACCUUGUGAUAUAUUUCGUGUUGUAAAAUGCCACGAAAGCAGUGUGCAUGUUGAGCAAUGAGGACUGUAUCCUUUUUCCCUGGCACGUGCCAAAUUGGUGAUCGUUCCCAAGUCUCCUGCGGUUUAAGAGCUUGCUUAAGCACCUGUCCUGCUCUCCACUUUCCUUAGAUGGGGUGGUGAGUGUGUUGUGCUCUCAGGAUUUCCACUGGAGUGCAGCGUUCCUUCUGGGCUGCACUUGCUCUCCGAACAGGAGACGGGCUGCGCCUGCUCUUGAGAUUCAGGCAUGCAGAGUGUCCACCUGCUGAGCUAUGUCUAAGUACAGUUUAAAGGGUAAAAAAAAAUCUUAAAAUUAGAUGCCCUGCUUUAAAAACAAAGAAACAAAAACCAACUCAGUUUCCAGCCGGCUGGUAAUGAAAUAGAACUGACCUCCUGGCUUUCGUUGUGGCUUUCUAUAGUCUUUGAGUUACAUUGUGCUAACCUUGCUCAUUAUAUUGUUUAAAACCAGAUUGAAUUAGCCAUGAGGAAAUUGCUUUUGCAUUAAAGCAUAUCUCAGAGUAAAUAAGCUGUUGACUUCGGCAGCAGCCUGUAUAACGAGAAGUCUGGCUGCUGAUUAUGUAAGUCAAGGGUCUCAUCUUCUAGGACAUAGAUGUAGUACAUCUGUGGAGGUGAUGGCAGGGAGUGAGCCCUUAGCAGGAUGCCAGUAGGAAUUCUGUGGUGCUGUUUGAGCUCCCGGGUCUCUGCCACAACCUCAGUGUGCUGAGGUGGUUGUACAGACGAACCACAACACUCAGCUAGCAAGUCAGGUGGUCACCCUGAGGAGCCUGUCACAGCAAAGAGAGCUCUUGUUUCCUGUUGCAAGAAACUGUUGCACACAGAAGUGCUUGGAGCACUUUGAUCUCUUCAUGCAAGCCCAAGGGCACCAAAUAUUUAAGCAACGCAGAUGUUUCCAUCAGAGGAGGCAUAAUCACAAACAUGCAUCAUAUAAAGGUAUUACUAGCCAUGUUUGCUGAAAUAAGACAUUUUGCUUAUAUGCAUUAAGCAUCAGAGUGGAAAUGCAGUAUCUUUUAAACAUGCAAACUCCAUUAGCUGUGUGGUAUUGGUAGAGAGAGAACUGAAGUGUAAGGUGGCUUCUGCUUUUGCCAACAUGCAGCGUGAGAUGGGAUGGAACAGCUUAACAUGCUUCACUUGAGUACAAAUGUUCCACUGCAUUUGGAACAAAGUGUAGAGCUCUGACCACAAAGUGCUGUGGGUAGGCAGCCAUCAAGCAGCGUGUCUCAUCUCGUGGAAACCCUGAGUGUCAAACAGCAUCAAGUGUUGCUAAAGAAAUGAAACUUAGUGGGGUUUGUAUCAGCUUGAGAAGAGCUAAUGUUUCCAGACCUUUUUCAGAUAAAGUGGGUUAUCUUAGGAAUGGAUAGAAAAAACCACAGAUCUUUUUUAUGUAUCCCUUCCUCAGUUUAAAUAAAAAGGGCCUCAGAACAAGAAAGAUGUGAAGCUGGUGGAGCGGGUCCAGAGGAGGCCACAAAGAUGUUCAGGAGGCUGGAGCACCUCUCCUAUGAAGAAAGGCUGAGGGAGUUGGGCUUGUUUAGCCUGGAGAAGAGACAGCUCUGAGGAGAGCUCAUUGUGGCCUUCCAGUACUUGAGGGGAGCUUACAAGUGGGAGGAGUACCAACUUCACAUGGGCAAAUAAUGAUAGGACAAGGGGGAAUGGCUUUAAACUAAAAAAGGAGAUUUAGAUUAGAUGUUACAGAGGUAUUUUUCACUUGGAGGGCAGUGAGGCGCUGGCACUCCUGCCCAGCGCUGUCGGUGCCCCAUCCCUGGAGGUGACCCAGGCCAUGGAUGGGCCCUGGGCAUUCUGAGCUGGGGGGCAGCCAGCACAUGGCAGGGGUGGGACUGGGGGAUUUUCGAGGUCCCCUCUAACCCCAGCCAUGUGGUGUUUCUUUGAUAUGACUCUUAAGGAUAUAAAAAUGGAAAACAAAUGCUGGCCAUCUUGAUGCUAGUUUUUUCUUUGAUGUGUGGGUAGAGAGCUUGGAUCCUACUAGGCCCUCAGCAGUCUCACAGCAAAGAAGAAUCUCUGUAUAUGACUCUUACAAAAAAUAACUUGAAACAGCUAGUGAACAUCAGUUAGUUAUAACUUGGCAUGGUUACUGCUGUGACUUGAGGGUUGCAUACGCUGCCCAGGAGGCUACCACACAGGCAUGGUCAAUGUUUGAUAACCAGGCCGAGGCUGGCUGUGUGCUGGCAGCAGGGCGCAGGGUAUGGAUUCCCUGCAGGGUUUGUGAAUGCACUUAUUGACUGUCAUGGGGAAAAUGGGAAAUCAGCAUCUGCAUGUUCGCUGUAGUCUUCCUUGCAACCUCUGAGAAGCCACAGCAGCUGUUCCAUUUUCUCAUAACUAUGUCCAAGCAGUGGAUCGCGUUACCUCAUAGCCCCUAAUUUUCUUGUUUUUAUUACAGAUGCAAUCAAAAGAAAUGAAAUCUUACUCUGCUGCUUCCAAUUCUCUUCUUGGCUGCUUUGGCUCUUUGUGCUGCUGGAUUGUCUCUUGCCUCGGAAGGGCCCUGCACAGCUCUGUGCCCCUUCUGCUGCUCCCAGUGCUCAAUGGGAGCAGGGUGCGGUUUGCAUGUGCUUAAUGAACAAGAGAGCAAAAUGUCUGGCUUGCUGGAAAAGGGCUGUGCUAAGCAUUGCGGUGCCAUAGAGCUGUCAGAAAUGGGGUUUGAAUGCUGCACUUUUGUGAACAUGAACACCUCCCUAGCGAGCUCCUGGCACCGACGCACAUCUCAGCAUGUGCCUUGUGUUUCUAGUGAAGAGUUGACUGUAGAGGGAAGUGGAAAGCAUCACCCUUGACUGGGAAAUCAGAACUGUUAAAAAAACAUGUAAUAAGGAAACAACACUAAGAUGUCAGUGCUCACCGCAAUGUUGUGUAACCCAGGGACGCUGUGAGCUGCUGCUUUCUCCAUGAGCUGCCCUGGGGCAGGAGGAGCAGACAAGAGGAGAGUGCAGUGAGAUCCACCAUACUUGUGCUUUACCAUGCAGGGGAGGCAGCUGGGAGCACUAUAGAGCUGUGUAGGAUCCUCAGUUAUGUCCCUGCCACUCUGCUCUCAGAUAAACCAAGGGGUUUGGUCACACUUUUGCUGUCUGUCAUUCAUUGUCUCUCCUUCCUGAGCUCCUCUGAAGCUGAAUUUCAACUUGCAACAUGCGUUCUGGAACUGUCUGCAUCUUCCCAUUUGUUAGCCCAUGCUAUCUGUGAGCUUGAGCUCCUGGGGCCUUAUGCUUUCCCUGCUGCAAAAAAUCCAGAAGCCUUCUCUUGCGUGGUGCUCCCCAUUGCUCUUUCCGAGGUACCCAUUAGUGAGCGUGCAUGGGUGCAUCUGUUCUGCCAGAUGUGGCUGGUACUUACCGGUAUUGCCCUGGCUCUGGUUGCCAGGCUUAGCCCGGGACAACAAAGGGCUGUCGCCUCCAGAGUUAAAUGCUUCAAAACAAACACAACCCUGCCUUUGAAUGCUGUCUUUUUGAUCAUUUCUUAACUACGAGUUCAGUUGUUCUUGGGUGUAAUUUAUGCAGCCUGUGGGCUUGCAAGAGUUGCUUUUUAGCAUUUCUGCUAGUCAUUAUUGUAACAGGAAAUAUCAUCUUCAGAUACAUAUUUUACUAUGUCCAGAACCUAAUAAGUCUUCCUCCUACACACCAUCUUUUUUUUUUUUUUUUUUAAAUCCUUGAAUCUAUUGAUGCAAACUUGUAUCUGUGUUUUUCAGCUGCUGGCUCAUUCUGACCAUUGUCAGCACAAACUUCAGCCUAGUGCUGUGUGCUGUUAACAAGAGCUCCCACCUUUUCUCUGUGGGGGGGAUCAAGAGAUGGGGAAGAUCCUUCUGAGCACAUUCUCUUUUUCUGCGCACGUAUCCGUGUCUUGUCUUUAGCUGUUCUUUGCUGGCAGACUUGGUGAAAAGGGGGCUUAGGAGGCAGAGAGAUAAAUCUGGUGCCCUUUUUGCCCUUCUUUUGUCCUUUUAUCCUGCUUAGCUGUUCCUGACUCCUAUGUUGAGUGAGACCAACCUUGCCUAAAUUUUGGUUCUUGGCUUUCUAUCAAAAGAGCUUGCUGUGAGCUGGGUGUCUAUCUGCAGCAAACUGUCUUGCCAUCACUUCAGAAUUCUCGUGAAGGCAGUGUAUGGCUUGAGCAAUAGGAAGCCAGCAGAAGGCAGAACAUGCGGGUGCCGUGAUGUGCCACAUGGAUGCGCUCCCACUUGGCACUGCUUUCCAGGUGACCUCUGCAGGUGGCCACAGGCGAAACGGAGAGUGUGACAGCAGGCUCAGUAAUAGCAGAGAGUGCCGGGAAGGGAGAAGCCUCUGAAAGCGUGCUGUGCACCGAAAGGGAUUCUUUGAUGGUAAAAUAAGCCCAGUCUUCGGUUUGCCACAGCGUGUGGUGUUAGAGGGCUCUUGAUUUGAGCAGCCAAAUGAGAAGAUGCAGCAGGCAGGGCUGAAAUGGGGCUUUUAUUCGCUUACCCACGCAUUACAAAAACAUACGUGCAUCUUGGUGAAAAUAGGAAGCAGUGGGUCAGUGACAAGCACAUCUGUGACGUUUAAGGGAUCUUGCUCACGUGCCCACAAUCCCACCUAAAUGAGCUGUCUGCACUGAACUUAGUCAACAUCAGAAAAAGGGGUGUGGGGGCCAGCCCGGAGGGGGAAGACACCUAAAACACCUAACCAUCCACCUGGAGGAAGGGCAAAGAUUGCCUGGUUUGAAGAGAGAGUGCGGGAGGGAGAAAGCUCUGGGCUUUGCCCCCUGUAUUUUUACAGCAGUUGAAGGGCCCCAGAGGGCAUUAAAGAAAUGGGGACUCCCUGGCACCCAUGUCUGUUUUGCAAUGAGCUGCAGGCACGGUGUCCUCAGCGCUCUGAGAUGGACUGAGUGUUGAGUAGGCUUGAACUGGUGGAGGUGAAUUUACGUUACUUUUAUUUUUUAUGUCAGAAACCUAGAAGUACAGGACCCUACAGGUUGCUGAAAUGGUUUGUGCUGUGUAUUGCCGUUUCAGCAAGGGGCUGCGGUGAACGUUUUCAACAAGCAGUGGGGUGGCUGGUGGUGCAAGGUUUUGAGGGCACAUCUGACUGAUUGGUGUGGUUGGAGGCACAGCUCAGCCCUUGCUUUGGAGAAACCAAUGUGCGCACAUUGUUAGAGCAUGCUGGCCUUGAACUCUAGAUUUUGAUGUUCAAGAUCAAAACCUGUGUGUUGGGGCUGCUUUUUUCAGCCACAUAAGAGACAAAAAUGCUGUUUGUUCUUGCAUUAAACAUUUCAUUUUUUAAACGCUGCCGUCCUACCAAUGCACACCCUUCAUUAUGUCCAUGAAAUGCAAGAGCAAAUAGCUAUGGACAGUCUUCUGUGUGUAUCUGGUAAAUUUAUGGGAAACCUCCUUGCCACCACUUAGAAAUCUGUGGCCACUGAAGACUUAAUUAAAUUGAGAAAUGGAGAUGCUCUCUCUCCUUGUGAUUUGGCAAUGAGCCUUUAAGAGUAGUGGUCCCUGCAGCGUGCCUGAACUCUGGAUCCUUCCCUGAAAGGCAAAGAAGUUCUACCAAGAUGAGUAGUGCAGUGUCAAAUCAGGGACACCCAGCCAGGUGAGGUCCUGCUGCAGCACUCACCGUUGUUGUGAGGAGAACACUGAAAAACAACAAGAAUUUCCCUAACAUCACUUCAAGCUGGAAGAGGACAGCAGACAGCAGUAAGUAAUUUGUCCUUAGCAAAACAAAGCAAUUCUUGAGUGCCUGCUGCUGUACUUGGAGUAAGACCUUCAUACUUCUGCUAAGGAGAAAACUCCUCAGCUCUGUCUCUCACUUCUCAUGCAGGAUGCCAGAAGCAGGAGAGUCUGUUAUUCCCCCUGCUUGUGGUGCAGGACACCACAAUGGAAAAGCAGCUGCCUCUGCCUGAGUGGGUUGCUGGAAAGGGUGGCUGGCUGGUGGGUGUGUGCUGGGCUGAUUACUCAGCCCCUGCCUGACAGCACCGUGCUGCUCAGUGCACCUCCUUCCUGGGGCUGGUGCUGCGCGAGUGCAGCCUGCCGCUUGCUCUGUCCAGCUGCAUGUGCGUGCUGCUGCAGUGUGGGAGGAGCAGGCGGGUGCCCUGAACUUGCAGCUGAGGGCGGAAGCUUUUUGGGGUUUGCUGUUGUUGCUUGAGGCUUUCAUAGAGUUGCAGCAUCUUAGCUGGGUGAUCGCUGCUGGAGUGAUGAUGCAGGCACAAAGAAGCAGAGCUGGGUCUUCCCCCAGGGCUCAGUCUGGGCCAGCCUCGGCAGUUUUUGGCUGCCACAUGGAAGAUCACGCAAAGCGCGUCCAGCCCAUCCCACUCCCAGCCAUGCAGCAGAACUUGAACUACAUGUACCCACAGAUCUUUUGGGUGGAUGGCUGUGCUGAUGCCAGUACUUCCUGCCAUCCAGCACCCCCUGUCACUCCCUUCCCACCACCGGUACCUGAUCGGAGGAAAAAGCCAAAGAGCAACAGAGAAAGAAGCAGCGUCGGCUUCCUGGUGACCUCCUUGCUGAUCCUGCUGGCCCUCACUGGAGUGGGGCUGAGCAUGUUUCAGAUUUUCCAUCUGGAGAAGGAACUGGCUGAACUCAGAGAGUCUGUCAGCACUGAACGCAUCCCUCCAGCUCUGGAGAAGCUCAUAGGGCAGGAGGGUAAGCCAGUGAAAAAGGAAGCAAGGAAGGCAGCACACUUAACAGGGAACCCCACACAGCGGAACCUCCCAUUGGAGUGGGAACCCAUCUCUGGUCAUGCCUUCACCAGUGGCAUUCAGUACCGUGGCCAGGGCCUUGUGAUCAAUGAGACUGGUCUGUACUUUGUUUACUCCAGUGUGCUCUUCCGGGGAAGGGACUGUGACAACGAGGUGUUGACCCAUGUUGUCUACAAGAGAAACCCUGCGUCGCCAGGUAGCCAUGUGCUGAUGGAGGACAAGCGCAUCAACUACUGCAUUAAAGAGAAAAUGUGGGCCCGGAAAAGCUACCUGGGGGCUUUAUUCAAGCUCAGGGAGAAGGACAGUCUGUAUGUCAACGUCUCCAAAAUUGAUCUGGUUAACUUUGAGGAAUCCAAGACAUUCUUUGGGUUAUUUAAGCUUUAAGUGACGCUAUUGGAGUGUAGCUGGAAGCACCCCAAACACCAGGACAUGCAGGGCACAAGGGCGACUUGAGAGGCAACACUCUGUUGCCAAAACCAUAGCAGGGUCUCACUCCAGGAAACCCAUCAAGAAAUCAUGUUUCAGCCUUCUGCACAAAAGCAGGCUCAAGCAACUGGUAAAGGCUUGAAACCAGACCGCUGGGAAGCACCUCGGCUGUCCUGCAUCUAUCUGAAGAGAAUCACACAUUUUCUUCUUCUGAAUAAAACAACCAGCCUGAAAUGUAGUGCGUCAGAGACCCUGUUGAAACUCACUACUUGCUCAAGAAGACUCUGCUACCUGAGAAAUUGCCAGGGCCUCAGCAGCACUGGCCCACACAUGCUGUUGUGUCCCCAGGGAGCUUAGGCCAUUUGGGGACAUUUGGCCAGUGCCGAGGAGGCCCUUAGCCUGAGUUGUGCUGUGCCACACCAUGGGCAGUGACGUGGGAGUGAGCUCAGGCUGCCUUCCCUGAGCAAUGGUCUGCCCAUCCUGCCUGGACACUGGGCACUGUAACUUGUCUGACAGGCACUCAUCUACCAGCUGGCUUGUUAAGCAUGGUAGGUUUGUUUUGUGUUAAGUUAUCGACUGUUCCUUUCCCAGAAAAUAUCCCCACCCCUUUAUUUAACUCACCCCGAUGGCCUUGCAAGGAAUAUGCUGGAAGCGGUGAUGUCAUGAGGGGUCCUGGCCCUGUGAAGGAAACAAGGUCUUGCUGAAUCCUCUCCAUGCUGUGAUGGUGGGUAUAGCAGAAGGGGCCAGGUGCCCUCCUCACUGACAAGACCUGAGCAACCCAGCCCCAGCUGAGCAUGGGAUGCUCUCUCCUGAGCAAAACACAGAUGGUAAAUAAAGGUAUAUUUUUCUAGAAAA